AUGGCACCUUCCAAGCAGGAGAAGGCGCCCCCCUACAGCAAGGAUGAGAAGGUGCUCUGCUUCCAUGGGGACCUGAUGUACGAGGCCAAGGUCACCGAGGUCAAGGUCGAGGCCGGAAAGAAGGCCGAGGACGCCCAGUACCGCAUCCACUACAAGGGUUGGAAGGCAAGCUGGGACGACUGGGUUUCGCACGAUCGAAUUCGCAAGUUCACCGACGACAACAAGCAGCUGGCCACCCAGCUGCAGGCCCAAGCCCGCAUGCGAACCCAAGGCCCCAAGGGCGGCAAGAAGAGUGGUGUCAAGCCGAACGGCUCCGAGAUGAGUUCCGCUCGCGGCAGUGAGGAGCGCGCCGCCGGAUCAUUGAGUUUUGCCGGAAGAGGUCCACGACGGGGACGGGACUACGAGUUAGAGAAUUCUUCGACCUCCAACCUCCAAGCACUGAUCCCUGAUCUAUCCGACUCGAUGUCCGAUAAACCAGCAUCUCCAGAGGCCAUGUCGGCAAUGGAUUCUUCUCCAGAGACCACCUCGGUAAUGGAUUCUUCUCCGCCGGUGGAACUUAGGCGAUCUCAGCGCGAGCGGAAGCGUGUGAUCUCUUUGGCAGAUUUCGAGAUGCCUCAGAAGCGAACUCGCAGCAACACGACCAAGCACCUGGAAGCUUUCGCAUUUUCGCACCUCUCUCCCCAUCGCCCUGUCAAGAAGCCCGAUGCGGUCAGCUUCCCUAACCUUGCUGCCGACGGCCCUGUCAAGAAGUUCGAGGGUGUCGCUUUUCCCAAUCUUGCUCCCGGCGGCGCAUCUCUGGCGCAGGCCGAGUCUUCGCGCUCGUCUCCUACUGCACCCACCUCCCAUGGCACCAGCUUCCAAGCGUCACCGGCAGCGACGCAUGCACGCACGCUGCUACCGCCGCUGAGACCCGCACGCACGCCGCUACCGCCGCUGAGUUUCGCGCGUAUGAAGCUACCGACACUGGAUACCGCGUCCAGUAAGCCUGCACCAAAGGAGACUGCGUUGAAGAAGCCAUCGCAAAAGAAGUCAUCGCACAAGUCGUCGCACCAGACUUUGUUGCACCAGACCUCCUCGCACAAGAAGUCUCACCACAAGAAGUCAGCGUCCACUCAGGCACCACUCAAUGAACCAACUGGCCGCAAGAAGACUGCAAAGCACACCCGCUUUCAACAGGGGACCGAACUGUUGUCUGCAGAAACUGUUGCUUUUCGCCAGAAGGAGGCCGAGUGCAAUAGAGCGCAGACAUGCAAAGACCACCUCAUCGCACUGCCGCCUUCCGGCCUUGUCUAUGUGGACAACAAGCAGCGACUCGUCUUCGAUGAGAAGCGCUUCCAGCCUGAGAAGGUCAUCUCCGUCCCAAAGCAGCACCCGAAAGCAAAGGCGGCGGCUCGACUUGGGCUUCUGCAUGCGGCACUAGAGCGCUAUUACGAAGGAAUGCCGGCUAACGUGACUAUUCCCAUCGCGGGAAUUCCGUCUUUAAAGCCAUACGCCCCUCUCUAUGCAGCUGCUAUGCCUUUUAUUUGGCGUGCCGUUCGAGCAGCCUUGACUGACGAGAUCACUGACUUUUCACCGCCUGACGAGAUCAUUCACUUUUCACUGCCUGACGAGAUCACUGACUCUUCACUGCCUGAUGAGAUCACUGACUUUCCACUGCAGGAAGAGGCAUUCCAUGCCAGACCCUCUGUCAAGCUUCUCAUCCCGGAUAUGCUGAAGGCAUUGAUGGUGGAUGAUUGGGAGAACAUCACCAAGAACAUGCAACUUGUGCCGCUUCCGCGCCCCAAACCGGUCAACAAGAUCCUUGAGGAUUAUCUUGCGUAUGAGCGUCCGCGACGACAGGAUGGCUCUUCACAUGUGGCCAUUCUCGACGAGACCUUGGCUGGCUUGAAGGAGUACUUUGACAAGGCUCUCGGUCGCAUUCUCCUGUACCGAUUCGAGCGAGCCCAGUAUGCUGAAAUGCACAAGAAGUGGAACUCGGCUGAUCCUGAGUUCUCUGGCAAGACCGCAAGCGACACUUAUGGUGCAGAGCACUUGACUCGUCUUAUGACGUCCCUGCCGGAGCUUAUUGCCCAGACAAACAUGGAUCAGCAAUCUGUCAAUCGUCUUCAAGAGGAACUGCUCAAGUUCUGUGGGUGGCUGUCCAGAAACCAUACCGAUUACUUUCUCAGCAAUUAUGAGUCUCCCAACUCUGACUACGCCGAGAAAAUCAAGAACUAG